ACUGGAAUCUCCAACCUUUGGCUGGUGGUUGAUCACUUAACUUGCACCACCCAGGGGCUUUAUGCUUAGGAUAAGGUGUUAGUUUUUCUGUUGUUUUAACCGCAUUAAAAAAAAAGUUAAUUGAAAUUGGCAAUUCCCCACCCCGUUCUUGUGAGGGUUCCAUGAGCUCCUAUGCGCAAAAGGCUUAGAACAGUCCUGGCACACAGCAAAAGCUCAGUGAUCUAGUGAAAAUGCCCUUAGUAGUCCUUGGUCCCACCACACCAGUGACACAGACCAAGGUCUCGCCGCCCUCUAGUGGCCAUGGCGGGCUUUCGCCUCCACCUCAGAGCCAGUGGCGGCAGCUCGCGUGGCCUCCUGACGUCACAUCCGGCCCUUGUGAUGCAGGGCUGUGAAACCCGCGCGAUGAAGUGCCUGUUCGUUACUGUCGGGACCACCAGCUUUGACGACCUCAUUGCGUGUGUUUCGGCGCAGGACACUCUUCAAAUAAUCAAGAGUCUUGGGUACAGCCGACUUGUCCUACAGAUUGGUAGAGGCACCGUGGUACCUGAACCAUUCAGUACUGAGUCAUUUACUCUGGAUGUUUACAACUACAAGGAUUCAUUAAAAGAAGACCUUCAGAAAGCAGAUCUUGUUGUUAGUCAUGCAGGUGCAGGAAGCUGUUUGGAGACUCUGGAAAAGGGAAAGCCACUUGUAGUUGUCAUAAAUGAAAAGUUGAUGAACAAUCAUCAGCUGGAAUUGGCAAAGCAGCUACACAAAGAGGGGCAUCUCUUCUACUGUACCUGCAGGGUUCCGACUUGACCUGGGCAAGCCAGCCCUGUUUCUCCUGCUCCUGAGAAGUGCCAAGAUUCUGUGGUGUCGACUCCAACUGUGCUAGACUUUAGGCUGCUUUCAGGAUACCUGCAUAAGCAAGCCCUCUUCGCUGCUAGCCAUCCGACCUGCAGCCUGCGUUUUUCCAUCUUCCUGCACUUCUGUUCCUUUCCCUUCCUCCCUCUGUGCACAAUGCAGAAAGGAUGGAAAAAGUACUGCAGCCAGAAGUCUCUGAACGAGGCGUCAAUGGAUGAAUACUUAGGCAGCUUAGGGCUGUUUCGAAAACUGACUGCCAAGGAUGCCUCUUGCCUCUUUCGGGCUAUUUCGGAGCAGUUGUUUUGCAGCCAGGUCCAUCAUUUGGAUGUCAGGAAGGCUUGUGUCGCAUAUAUGAGGGAAAAUCAACAAACUUUUGAGUCUUAUGUGGAGGGAUCUUACGAAAAAUACCUGCAACGGUUGGGAGAUCCCAAGGAAAGUGCUGGCCAGCUGGAAAUAAGAGCUCUUUCUCUAAUUUAUAAUCGAGAUUUCAUUCUUUAUCGCUUUCCCGGAAAGCCUCCAACUUCUGUCACAGAUAAUGGCUAUGAAGACAAGAUUCUACUCUGCUAUUCAAGUAAUGGUCAUUAUGAUUCCGUGUACUCAAAACAAUUUCAGUCAAGUGCAGCUGUUUGUCAGGCCGUAUUAUAUGAAAUUCUCUAUAAAGAUGUGUUUGUUGUGGAUGAAGAAGAGUUGAGAACUGCAGUUGAAUUGUUUCGAAGUGGUUCCAAGAAGAACAGAAAUAAUGCUCUGACUGGAAGUGAGGAUGCCCAUGUUGACUAUAAGAGCUCAACUCAGGAAAGGGCUGAAGAGGGGGGUGCCUGCUGCAAUGCUGAAAAUAUACCAGAGGGGUACAAUCAAGGAACAGAAGAAGCAAAGUCUCCAGAAAAUCCAUCAAAGAUGCUCUUCCCAUAUAAGGUGCUCAAAGCCCUGGACCCAGAAAUCUAUCGUAAUGUAGAAUUUGAUGUUUGGUUGGACAGCAGAAAAGAACUUCAAAAAUCUGAUUAUAUGGAGUAUGCUGGAAGACAGUACUAUUUGGGAGACAAGUGUCAGGUUCGCUUGGAAUCUGGUGGAAGAUAUUAUAAUGCUCACAUUCAGGAAGUUGGAAGUGAAAACAAUUCAUUAACGGUCUUCAUUGAAGAAUUGGCAGAAAAGCAUGUUGUUCCACUGGCUAACUUAAAGCCAGUUACUCAAGUGACACCUGUUCCAGCCUGGAAUGUUAUGUCCAAUCGGAAAGGAAGAAGCUACCCAAAAAUGCCCGGGGGCUAUGUCCCAGAAGUAGGUAUGUCAGAGAUGGACAUGAAGCAGCGGAAGAAGAUGUUCAAGAAAGUUAGAGGGAAAGAGGUUUAUAUGACUAUGGCUUACAGCAAGGGAGACCCUUUGCUCCCACCCAGGCUUCAGCACAAUAUGCAUUAUGGGCAUGACUCUCCAAUGAACUACUCACAGACAGCUGGCAAUUUUAUGCCAAAUGAACAUUUUCAUCCUCAACAUUCAUCUCAGAGACAAGGUCGGGGAUAUGGGAUGCCCAGGGAUGCAGCUCGCUUCAUGAACAGGUGCAACAUGAUGGGCCCUAAAGUUGGUUUCUACCCUGGCCCAGGUAAAAGGUGCUGUCAGAGCUAUGAUAACUUCUCUUAUAGAUCUCGUUCUUUUAGACGAAGUCAUCGUCAGAUGCAUAGCAUGAAUAAGGAAUGCCAGUAUGGCUUUACCCCAGAGAAUGGACAGAUGCCCAGGGGCUUGGAAGAAACUGUUACUUUCUAUGCACUUGAAGAAGGAGAUGAGACUGCUUAUCCAACUUUACCUAAUCACGGAGGCCCCACUACGAUGGUUCCUGCUGUUUCAGGAUACUGUGUCACAAGGCGGGGACAUAGCUCAGACAAACAAACUUUGAAUUCAGAGGAAGGCGAUGGCCAGAGUGACAAUGGGGGAUACCGUGAAGAAUAUAUUUAUCCUUCAGAGUCAGACUAUGAAACGUCAGGUGUUUAUAGCACAACUGAAUCUACAGCAAACUUGUCUCUUCAGGACAGAAGACUAUGUUCUAUGUCUCCUCAAGACACAGUUACCACAUACAACUACCCACAGAAGGUGAUGGUAAAUUCUGCAGCAAUUGCAGCUUCCUGUGCCAAUAAUGUUCCAGUUCCAGUCUUAUCUAACUGUGCAGCAGCUAAUCAAGCUAGUAGUACCACUUCAGUUUCCUCACAGAAUGCUAUACAGCCUUUAUUUGUAUCUCCACCUAUACAAGGCAGGCCAGUGAUUGCUUCACCAUCCUAUACAUACCACUCUGCUCCUAUUCCUGCUGCUGCUGCUGCCUCUCUGCCACCACCACCACCGCCACCACUUCCUCCUCCUCCUCCUCUUGAGAUGGGAGAGGCUUCUAACUUACCGCCGCCACCUCCACCUUAUUCCUGUGAUCCUAGUGGCAGUGAUCUGCCUCAAGAUACAAAAGUUUUGCAGUACUAUUUCAAUCUGGGAUUGCAGUGCUAUCACCACAGUUGCUGGCAUUCCAUGGUCUAUGUGCCACAGAUGCAGCACCAGCAGUUUCCUGUAGAAAAUUAUCCAGUCUAUACUGAGCCGCCACCUCUGGUAGAUCAAUCCAUUCCUCAGUUGUAUAGUGAGGCGGGGAGAGCAGAUGGCACACAGGCGGAAGCAUCAGCACAUGGUACUUUUCCUACUGCUGACCCUGCGUCUGUUCCUCAUGGAGCAGUAUACUAUCCAGUAAUGUCGGAUCCCUACGGGCAGCCACCUGUGCUGGGUUUUGAUUCCUGCCUGCCUUUUGUGCCAGAUUAUUCCUACGUUGCCCCCUGGCAUCCAGUUGGUGCAGCAUAUGGUGGUUCUCAAAUUCAUGGUGCUAUGAAUCCUGGGCCAGUUGGCUAUAUUGCUUCACCUCCUUCAACUUCUCAUUACAUACCUCAGAAUAUGUAAGAUGCAGCGGUAUAGAGUAUUCUUAAAAAUUCUUACACUACCAUUUUUCUUGCUGUUUUGGUUUUUAAAGUGUUUUAUGUUAGUGUUUAAGUGAAUUUAGGUAGUUAGAGUGGUUACUGUUGUAUCUGCCUUUAAGAUUGUUUUAUCUUUUGAUUUAAAUUAGUACUUUAAAAUACAGGAAUAUUACUUUUCAUUGUGAAAAAGGAAAUUGAGAUGGAUGUACAAUUCACCCUGUAUUGAGCCUAUUUCAUUCUAUUCAGCUGUUUAUCUGUCAGCCAGCUUGUCAGCUUUGUAUUAGCUGAUGGUACCAUUUGAUAAAAGGAAUAAAUCAUACAAACUAUUUUCUUGGCUCAGAAAUCACACAUCAUAAACCAUGCAAAAUUGGAAUAACUUUAUUGUUUUCUAGAAAAUAAAACAACAAAACCGAGAACCUUUGGUUCUGGAUGACUAACAACAUUAAACGAGAGCACUCUUUAGGUUUCCUAAGAAUUGUCUAAACUGAGUUGUAUUCUAUGAUAUCAGUCAGUUUGAAGGGUACGUGGUGCUCUGCUUUAGAUUUAUCCCAUAUGCUGUUGUUUAAUACUGGAUUUAUGUAACUGUUUUACUGCACAGUGUUGAAUUGGUAUCCUUUGCACAGUUAGCAGUAAAUAAAAAUUAGCAUUUAAAAUUAGUAAAACGACUGAGAUUUUCUUUUUUACUUUUUCAUGGCAACAAAGUAUACCAGACAUUUGAUUCAAUAUUUUUUUAUUCCUUAUCACUUUGGUUGUGAAAGAAUGUAAAUUUAUAACACGAACUGGUGGGGAGUAGUUGCAGAGCCACUUGAAAUUUUCUCUCAUCAUUGCAAUGUAUACUACUGUAUCUAGUUCUUUUCUUUUGAGUAUGAUCAUUUCUAAGUUGUGUAUCUGUUAUUUAAAAAAACUGUAAAUCCCCUUUUGGAACGUUAUUCUUACUUUCUCGUUGUUUUAUACUUCAAAUAGCUAUCACAUCUGCCUGCAACUUGCGAUUUCAGUCUUACCUUUUAUCUCUCAAGGUCUGAUUUGUCAGUGACUUUCUGUAAUAUAUAUUUUAUCAGCCUUUUUGCCUUCUCCCUUUCACCUACCCGAAGAACACAAGAUCUUAUGUAUUCAUCAACUCUCAUCUACGGGGUUAUUCGUUAUGAAUGCUUUGCUGUACCUCACUUGACAAGCAGCUGUUUAAAAGUGGUUGUCACAAAACCAUACUACAGUGAAUUCCGUGACAGCUGGAACUCAAUGGGACUGCCUUGUUUUUCCGGGUCUUGCAAGUUUUCCACCUUUGACAGGGUAUAGUCUUAACCACUUUUCUACUGCUUGUUUUAGUGGAAAAUAUUUGUUUUCCUUCUCUGACAGGUUUCUGCCUCACACAGGUUCCAGCUUUUGCAGGUUUUAGUGUAUUUAUAUCAUCUUCUUUAAAGAUUAUUUAUGCUUAUGACUCAAGUCUGUAUCUUCCCAUCUUUGACUAUACAUACCACAGGUCAAGAGAACAAUUUUGAGACAUCAGGGCUUCAGUUGCUUGAACAGUUGAAAGUAGUG